AUGUCUGAGAAGAAGGACCUCGCAAGAACACCUUCGGACACCUCCUGUGAGGCCGGCCAAAUAUACGGAGUCCAGACGAACCCUCACGAUGCUGUAUUUGGUGAGGUCUCGGAAGAUGGCCCCAAUUACAGAAGUCUAGGAUGGAUGGGUACGGCUGCCCUCAUGAUGAAAACUCAAAUCGGUCUCGGCGUCAUGUCCAUCCCUACGGUCUUCGACACAUUAGGUAUAAUCCCGGGUAUCAUCUGCCUGAUCGUGAUAGGCAUGAUCACCACCUGGUCCGGUUACAUAGUCGGAGUCUUCAAGCGCCGCCAUCCCGAGGUAUAUGGUAUCGAUGAUGCUGGAGGUUUGAUGUUUGGUCGUAUUGGACGUGAAUUCUUCGGCGCCGCAUUCUGCCUCUAUUGGAUAUUCGUAGCCGGCUCCGGUAUGCUCAGCGUCUCCAUCGGUUUGAAUGCAGUCUCGACCCACGCAACAUGCACCGCCGUCUUCGUGGUUGUCGCCGCCAUCGUAGGGUUUUUAUUCGCCAGUAUCCGAACCCUCGGCAAAAUCAGCUGGCUUGCCUGGGUCGGCGUGGGAACUAUCAUCACUUCGAUCUUUAUCCUCACCGUGGCCGUUGGCGUUCAAGAGCGACCCGCUGCCGCUCCCAAAGAGGGUGUGUGGGUCUCUGACUUCAAACUCACCAACACCCCAGACUUUGCCGGCGCCAUCUCUGCCGUGUCUUCCCUAGUCUUCGCCUUCGCCGGGACACCAGCAUUUUUCAACAUCCAGGCAGAGAUGCGUGAUUCUCGCCUCUACACUCGAUCACUUCUCGUAUGCCAAAGCGUCGUGGCUGUUAUUUACGUCGCAAUCGGUACGGUUGUCUACUACUACUGCGGAUCCUACGUCGCCUCGCCUGCCCUGGGCUCCGCUGGCUCUACCAUGAAGAAGGUCUGCUAUGGGCUUGCCCUUCCAGGCUUAUUUGUCACAACCAUUCUCGUCACUCAUCUACCAGCAAAGUAUAUCUUCAUCCGGGCCCUUCGUGGAAGCAAGCAUCUGAACUCGAACACCGUGGUUCAUUGGGGAACAUGGAUUGGAUGCACCUCUGGUGUGACCAUUGUGGCUUACAUUAUCGCGAGUGGAAUUCCCGUGUUUGACGGCCUUGUCUCGUUGAUUGGGGCCCUCCUAGGCACCCUCAUGUCAUUCCAGCCGUACGGGUGUAUGUGGCUGUAUGAUAACUGGUCCCAAGGAAAGAUCGAACGGACAAAGAAGUGGAUUUUGAUGGUUUUGUUCAGCGGAUUUGUGGUGGUAUCGGGAACGUUCCUGAUGAUCGCUGGCACAUAUGGGUCGGCUGUAGGCAUUGUUAACACCUACAAGGAGUCAGGUGGAUCAGCCGCUUGGUCAUGCGCUGAUAACUCCAACUCAACAUAG